CCAACCAUGACCGGCAAAACACAGACCAGCAACGUGACUAAUAAGAAUGACCCCAAGUCCAUCAACUCCCGUGUCUUCAUCGGCAACCUGAACACAGCCAUCGUCAAGAAAGUCGAUAUCGAAGCCAUUUUCUCGAAGUAUGGAAAGAUCGUGGGGUGCUCGGUGCACAAGGGCUACGCGUUCGUGCAGUACAUGAGCGAGCGGCACGCGCGAGCGGCCGUGGCCGGGGAGAACGCCAGGGUCAUCGCCGGCCAGCCCCUUGACAUUCGCAUAGCCUGUGGCCCUGAACCGUUCUCACCUAGACCUUGUAAAAAAAAAAAAGAUUCGAGGCUUUAUAGACUUGAGUCAAAGGAGCCUUUCCUGUCCGUUGGUGGUUACGUCUUCGACUACGAUUACUACCGAGACGACUUCUAUAACCGGUUGUUCGAGUACCACGGGCGCGUGCCGCCGCCGCCCCGCACGGCCGUCCCCCUGAAGCGCCCCCGAGUGGCCGUCACCACGACUCGCCGGGGCAAAGGCGUCUUCUCCAUGAAGGGGGCGUCGAGAUCGGCCGUCAGCGGGUCGUCUUCAGGCUCCAAAUUGAAAUCAGACGAGUUACAGACGAUCAAGAAAGAGCUAACCCAGAUCAAAACCAAAAUCGACUCCUUGCUAGGGCGCCUGGAGAAGAUCGAGAAGCAGCAGAAGGCGGAGGCAGAAGCUCAGAAGAAGCAACCGGAAGAGAGCGCAGAGCUGAUCCGAGAGGGACACGCGACAGGGAACGCGGACCGCUCCACGGCGGAGCCCGCCCCGGGAGGCCCGGACGCGGACGGAGAAGAGACGACGGACGGGCCGGAGGAGGACUCGGACGAAGAAGCGGGUCACGAGCCGUGCCCCGGGGACGAGGACCGGCUCCCUGGCGCCCCCUCGGGCCCAGCCCUGUCCCUCACUGGGGAGAACCGCCCACCCUCAGUCGCAUGGCCCGCGGUCCUCCCGAUGCUGCUCACGCCGAUGGCCCUUCGGCGUCCGGCCCGGUCCCCGUCUUCCGUGCCCGCGCUGCCGGACACCCAGUCGUUAUGA